AUGGCGCUGGAGGAAGGGCUAGAUGAAUCUUUCCCAGAGAAGACUGAUCUUUCCAGCCCCGUUGUUUGCCUCUACUCGCCCUGUAUCAGCAAAUCUGAUGGCGGUAGUCCACCAAACCAUACAGAAAUACACCAAGGCAGUACUCCAGACUCUCAGUAUUUUAGCCAAAUCCCAGAAGAAGAGGCUGGAGAGAAUUUCAAUCCAUACAAGUUUAUAUGCAGUGCACAAGCAGCAUCAGGUUACCUGCGGCAGCGGAAGAAUGAUAUCCCAUUUAAAACUCGCCGUACUCCUGAGAGUACACUGGUGUUGGACUUGGAAGAAGUCCUGGUUGAGAGCUCACUAGUUCCACAACCUGAUGCAGAAUUCACAUUUUUUACGCCCUUUCAGGAUACAUAUUACAAGGUGUAUCUAAAGCUACGACCUCAUGUGAGAGAAUUCUUGGAGACACUGUGCAAAAUAUACGAGAUAUUUGUCUUUACCACAGCAAAGAGAGAAUAUGCCGGAAAAAUUUUGGAUAUCCUGGAUCCCCAGAAAAAGCUAAUAAGGCAUCGCCUCUACCAGGAACAUUGUCUUUGUGUAUCAGGUCAUUAUGUGAAGGACUUGAAUGUACUUCAAAGGGAUCUGGCCAAAACUGUUGCACUGGACACGGUGGCUUAUACUCUCCCCUUCCAUCUUACAAAUAGAAUUCCAGUACGACGUUGGUCAGGAAAUCAGACCGAUGAAGAACUUCUUACCUUGCUUCCAGUUCUAGAGAAGAUGACUCAUAUGGAGGAUGUACGGCUGGUCAUUUCACAUCAAUUUAAUGGUGAUGGAUUUGUUGCAUCAUAA